GAUGGUGGUCGGUCACUCUCCCCCUUCGGGGCUAAUGCAUAAGUGCCUGAGCGGCCAGGUGCAUCUCCUUUCCCUCACCUGGGGUAAGCUAUCGAAGAUCGCAGGAGGGGAAUACUCUUCCGAGAGCAGCUCAUGACGCCUUCAUGCCUGACGGCCACUCACGAUGCAACACGUCACAUUGUCGCUCGACCUAGUCACGGCUCUUUACGCUCAUCAAGCCUGAAUCCGACAUCAUGCGACUCCUCAACUCCGCGACUUUUCGGCUAAGGGAUUUCCCUAACCAUGGUGAAAUUCCAGAGUACGCCAUCUUCUCGCAUACGUGGCUACAGGUGAGCGAGGGCACCGAACUUGUGUUCGAAGACCUUCCCUCCAGUCUCGAAAUCAGCGUACGUGAACAGCAGGUUGAAGGAUAUAAAUACAUGUUUCCCAAAGCCUAUCAGGGCUUCCGCAAAGCCUGGCUUUGUUGCCAGCAGGCCUUGCGCGACGGCAUCCCCUGGGUGUGGAUUGAUACGUGUUGCAUCGACAAGCGGUCAACUGUCGAACUCAGUGAGGCAAUCAAUUCGAUGUUUCGUUGGUACAAAAAUGCGAGACGCUGUUACGUAUACCUUGCCGACCUGGACGUUACCGCAGAAGGAGUGACGGUGGAACAGUUGAAGUCCUGCAGGUGGUUCGAGCGCGGGUGGACAUUGCAAGAACUCCUAGCGCCGUCAGAGGUUCUGUUUUUUGAGAAGAAUUGGAUUUUUCUCGGUUAUAAGAGUACUAUGGACAGCAUAAUAUCCGAUAGAACCGGGAUUGAUUCCGCUAUAUUACGCGGUUGGCGGAGGCUGACUGAUGCGAGUGUGGCCGAGCGCAUGUCUUGGGCAUCCGGACGCAAGACCACCCGCGAGGAAGAUAUCGCAUACUGCCUGAUGGGCAUCUUCGACGUGAACAUGCCUCUACUCUAUGGUGAAGGGGAAAAGGCCUUCAUUCGUCUCCAGGAGGAGAUAAUCCGAAAUUCAGAUGACCAGUCCUUGUUUGCCUGGUCGUUGACGCAGGGUGGCUCAAGUUGGCAGAACGUUCCUUGCGGUCUCCUCGCGAGCCAUCCGUCCAGUUUCGCCAAUGCAGGAGACAUCGUCCCAAUGACCGACCACGAUUCCAGCACCCCUUACACUUUUACCAAUUGUGGUUUGAAUAUAUCCCUGAUAUUAAGACCAUUCUCUGAUGACGGGUUAUAUCAUGGCCUAUUGAACUGCCGUUUUCGCAAUCAGGAUGGGGACCAACAGCUCGCCCUCCGGCUUAAAUCGAGAGGUACUGCCCUCAAACGCAAGCAGUUCUAUCGGGUUUGCCCAGCGGAAGUAGAUUGUGUGCCGCAAUCUUCAAGUGCCGAUUCCGAAGACAAUGUCUACAUCAUCAAACAGGGGAUCGUUGUCCCCAAUAACUCUUUCUCUGUAGUAUGGAACGUCAGCACACGGUUUAGCGUGGCAGUGAGGCCCAGUAACUCUUAUAAUUCCAAGCGAAAGUUGCUCACCCUGCCAGACGACACUCGGAACAACAGAGCCGCGAUUAUUGUGAGGGACCGCCUAUCCGAGGGUACAGGGACAUCUGUCAAAGGUUUCGCCAUUGUCGUCGGCUUCAACGAACACUAUCCUGCCUGUGUCUGUCUACCCAUGAACAGCUCCGACGAUUGGACUCGCCUGUGCAUGGAAGCUCAAUUUUCUCGGGGCAGCAGCCAGUUCGUCAUGGCAGACGGCACGAAAUUUGUGACUGAUUUAGUCAACGGUGACCAAAUCAACCGGAUUACCAUCAGCGAGCUUGUUACUACGCCAUCCGGUGUUCAACUUCCCAUCAUGGAGAAUCAUCCGGCUUAUGUUGGUGGAGCUAUGAAUUCCAGUGUCUUGAGCCCCGAUGUCAUAUCCACGCAGCAGCACACUGAGCAUGACUUCCAUGGUCCUUCAACUCGAUCCCAUCCGCCUAUUAAUUAUGGCCCCCCCCGUGCGCUAUCACAUGCGGGUUGUACAACACAAUGAAUUUUCUCUCUAUCCCAGCGGCUGGUGAAUCUACCGGAUAUUGAUAAGAGGGAAAUAUGUAUAUACUUGGCAAACCACAUGCAUAUACCAUCUCCAGCCACCCUUCUACCUCCAGCCAUGGCAUCACCUCAACCGACCAACUAUUUCUCCUUGCGCCGUGUAUCCAAUCCGCAGCGACAUAUGUCCUCUGGCAAUGUG